AUGGAGGCCUUCUCUCAGGGAACGCGGGUAUGGGUCCCGCACGACGAGCUUGUGUGGAAGCCUGCGGUUGUCGAGGCAUUGAACACGGAGGAGCGUGCCAUCACCCUGCGCACAGAGGAUGGCGAGGAGCAGCAGGUGGCAGUGAAGGAAGAUGACAGCAACCUGCCGCCGCUGCGAAACCCCGACAUCCUCGUUGGAUCGGAUGAUCUCACAGAUCUCAGCUACCUGCAUGAGCCAGCAGUGGUGCACAACUUGCAAGUGCGCUUCAAGGAGCAGCAAACCAUCUACACGUACUGCGGCAUUGUGCUUGUGGCGCUGAACCCCUACAGCAGCCUGCCCAUCUACUCCAACGACAUCAUCCACGCCUACAGCGGGCGGUCGCUCGGCGAGCUGGACCCGCACAUCUUCGCCGUGGCGGAGGAGGCGUUCCGCUGCAUGGGCCGGCACAGCAAGAACCAGUCCAUCAUUGUCAGCGGCGAGUCUGGCGCGGGGAAAACCGUGUCGGCAAAGUAUGCCAUGCGCUACUUUGCAACCGUCGGUGGCGCAGAGGCAGAGACGCAGAUUGAGAAGAAGGUGCUUGCAUCCAACCCCGUCAUGGAGUCCAUUGGCAACGCAAAGACCAUCAGGAACGACAACAGCAGCCGUUUUGGCAAGUACAUUGAGAUUCUAUUCAACAAGCACGACCAUAUCAUCGGCGCAGAGAUGCGCACAUAUCUCCUCGAAAAGUCCCGCGUCGUCUUCCAGGCCAAGUCUGAGCGCAACUACCACAUCUUCUACCAGCUGUGCGCGAGUGCUGAUCGGCCGGAGCUGGAGGCGCUUGAGCUGAGCGAGGCAGAUGACUUUUUCUACACCAACCAGGGCGAGGAGGCCGAGAUUGAGAAUGUCGACGACGCCGCGGACUUUGAACGCACGAAGGACGCGCUCUCCCUCCUAGGCAUCUCCGAUGACGACCAGCAGCAGAUCUUCUGCAUCCUCGCUGCCAUUCUGCACAUGGGCAACAUUGAGAUCAAGCAGCGCUCCCGCCGCUCCGACGAUGCCCGCAUCCCCGUCGAGGACACGCACGUCCCAGUCGUAUCGCGCCUGCUUGGUGUUGAGGCGAACAUGCUCACAAAGUGGAUCACCCACAGAAAGAUCCAAACUGGCCGCGAGGUCUUCACAAAGCCGCAGACGGCGGACAAUGCGCUGCGGGCGCGCGAUGCUCUGGCGAAACACAUCUACGCACACGUCUUCGAUUGGCUCGUCUCCAGGAUCAACGAGAGUCUCGCGCACGGGUCGAAGCAGAAGGACAAGCGCUUUAUCGGCGUGUUGGACAUUUACGGCUUUGAGACCUUCAAGGUCAACUCGUUUGAACAGUUUUGCAUCAAUUACGCAAACGAGAAGCUGCAGCAGCAGUUCAACCUCCACGUCUUCAAGCUUGAACAAGACGAGUACAUCAAGGAAAAGAUUCAGUGGUCGUUUAUUGACUUUUACGACAACCAGCCGUGCAUUGAUUUGAUCGAGGACAAGCUUGGUGUGCUCUCCCUACUCGACGAGGAAACAAAGAUGCCGAAAGGGAGCGACGACAACUGGGCAACGAAGAUGUACGCAUCCCUCACCGACCGGCACCACUUUGAGAAGCCGCGGCUGUCAAACACGUCGUUCAUCGUCAAGCACUAUGCCGACAAGGUUGCAUACGAGGUCACAGGCUUCAUGGAGAAGAACAAGGACACGAUUUACGAGGAGCAUCUGAUCAUGCUUCGCGGGAGCACGAGCCCUUUUAUUGCAGAGCUGUUUGCCGCCAAGGGCGAGGGCAAGGCAUCCAUCGAUAUCCGCAAAGCGACUGUCAGCUCGCAGUUCAAGAACUCGCUCUCGUCGCUGAUGGAGACGCUCAAUGCAACCGAGCCGCAUUAUGUGAGGUGCAUCAAGCCCAACGACGCAAAGCAGCCAUUCGAGAUCAACCCACAGCGGCUCGUGCAGCAGCUGCGAGCGUGCGGUGUUCUUGAGACGAUUCGCAUCAGCGCUGCGGGGUACCCCUCGCGCUGGAGCUACCGGGAGUUUCUUGACCGCUAUCGUCUGCUCGCCACAUCUGCAGCGCCGCUCAAGAGCGCAGAGGUCAAGGACGCCUGUCGCGCCAUCCUGCAGCCUCUCAUCGCCGAUGAGGACAAGUAUCAGUUUGGGCAGACGAAGCUGUUCUUUCGCGCGGGCCAGGUCGCGUACCUGGAGAAGCUGCGGUCGGACAAGAUGAAGCUGUGCUGCGUGCGCAUCCAAGCAUGCGUGCGGCGAUGGCUUGCGUCGCGUCGCUACCAGCGCAUCAAGACGGCCGCCCUUGGUGUCCAGACGUACGGGCGCGGGCUGCUGGCGCGGGUGAGGGCACAGCGUCUGCGAGAGCGAGCGGCCGCCACCAAGAUCCAGGCCACAUUCCGCGCGCACCGCCAGCGCAGGCAGUAUGCCGUCACCAUGGCUGCCGUUGUUCGCUUGCAGGCCGCGUACAGAGCGCUCAAGGCACGGCGUGCGCUGUCUGGGCUGCGGCGGGAGGCGGCUGCGCUGAAGAUACAGAGCACGUGGCGCAUGUGGGCCGUACGCAGACAGUUCCUCACCAAACGCAACGCAGCCGUCACCAUCCAGUGUGCAGUCCGGCAGAUGCUUGCGCGACGCGUGUUCAAGCAGCUGAAGAUUGAGGCGCGGAGCGUGGCGGGGAUGAAGGCCAAGACGGUUGGGCUCGAGAAGAAGAUCUUCGAGCUGCAGCAGACCAUGGACCGCCGCAUCCAAGAGGCCCACGAAAAACAGGCUGCCGAGGUUGCCCGCCUGAAGGAGCAGCUGGCUGCUGCCGAGGCCAAGGAAAGCACAAGCACGCAGGCAUCCGCCUCGGAGAUUGAGCGCUUGCGUGCGCGCAACGACGAGUUGGAACAGGAACUUGAGUCCACUAGUACGGAGCGCGAUGCGCUGCAGAGCAAAUAUGACGAAGAGACAGCAGCGGCAGCAGCGGAGCACCAGUCGCUCAAAGCCAAGUUGGAAGAGAUGACGCAGACGUUGCAGAUGACGACAGAGGCGGCAAAGGGGUCUGAAGGGCUGGCAGAGCAGCUUGAGGCACUCAACCGUCGCAACAUGCAGCUGCAGUCGGAACUUGCAGACGAGCGCGCAGCACUCCAGCUCAAGAUUAAGACGCAAGCGGAGGCUGAGGAGCGAGUGAAGGCGCUGGAGCACGAGCUGCUGCGGGCGGAGAUGAAGGCCCUUCAUGACGACGACGGCAACGACGAUGGCGUGGAUCGUGGCGCUCGAGGCGAGUACGUGGAGGUGCGGCCACAGAGCCCCAAUGGCCGCACGCACACGGCGGCGACGGGCGAGUACAUGGAGGUUGGCGGGCGCGUCUCGCCCAGCAAGCUGAACAGCAGCGUCGACGCUGGGGAGGAGCUGGACCAGGCAGCGAGCAACGCCAUCAUCCAGCAGCUGCGCAGCGACCUCGCUGCAGCCGAGGCCGAGGCGAAGCGGCUCCACAAGCAGCAGCAGCAGCAGCAGCAGCAGCAGCAGCAGCCGGUCGAAGUAGAAGGCCAGGCAGCAGGCAAGACAGCCACGGUAACAGCGACGGCAACAGCUGCUGGUGAGACCAAGUCAGAAAGCGAGCAGCUGGAGGGCGAGUCUGAGACAGAGAAUGCGCUGGCCGUUGCAGCAGCUGCGGCCGUGCAGCGGGAGCAGGAGCUGACGGCGGAGAUGGAGGAGCUGAAGGGAGAACAAAGAACUCAUGCUCGCAGGACAGAGCCCCACCGUGGCAACUCAAAGGAGGACAAGGAAGAGGGUGAGCAGCGUGAUUUGCAGGCGGAGCUGCGCGAGGCCUCGACGAACAUUGCUCGGCUGCAGCUGGCCAACAGGAUGCUCAAUGACAAGGUGCAGGCCUUGGAGAAGGCGAAGGUGUCUGCGGAGUCGCGGCUGAAGCGGCUGACGGGCGGCGACGGCGAACUGGACCCGCAGGUGCUGCAGCAGGAGGUGGCGGCACUGCAGCAGCACGUGCAGCAGUUGCAGGGAGAGCGGGCGGGGCUGGUGUCGCGCACAGAGCUGGAGCAGGCGCAGGCAGACUACGAGCAGCUGCUGAAGCAGUUCAGGGCGCUGCAGGACGACUACAACCGGUUCAUGACCGACCACUGCAUGGAGGACCUUGCCAAGGCGAAGACGGAUCUGCAGCAGCGCAACCACGGGCUUGAGGAGGAGCUGAAGAGCCUGCGCUCGCGGGUGAAGGACUACGAGCACGACCUCACGGCGGCCCGCGCGGAGGUGUCGGACCUGCAGGCGGAGAAGAAGCAGACCAACGAGCGCGUGCUGGCGCUGAAGCAGGCGCUGACGCGGCAGAUGCCUGCGGAGUCUGGCUCGGCGUCGUCGGACGGGGCGCUGCUGCAGGAGGAGGUGCGCAUCCUCAUUGACGAGAACCUGGCCAUGCGCGAGCAGAUUGAGGUGCUGGAGGAGCGACUGCAAGCCGCCCUGAACGGCGACGUCAGCGGCGCGGCGCCAGGCAGUGGCAGUGGCGGUCGUGAUGGCAGCGCACAGCAGCCCGGCCGUGGCGGUGCAGGAGGUGGUGUUGGCGAUGGCCAUCAGCAACAGCACCAGCAGCAUCAGUCGUACGGUGGCAGCGGCGCGCAUGGCGCAGGCUCACAGCAGCUGCACCAGCGCAAGCAGAUGCUGGGGAUGCUCAAGUUCCAAGAGAAGGACACGCAGCGCGUGGUGUCUGAGCUGGUGAGCAAGCUGCAGCCAGCGGACGUGGACGGGUGCAUGCCGUGCAUCCCUGCGCACCUGCUGUUCAUGUGCGUGCUGUACGCGGACUACGAGGAGAACGCGUCCAUGCUGCAAGGGCUGCUGACAAAGGCCAUGACGGCGAUGAAGAAUGUGGUGCAGGACAACGCGGCGGACCUUGGCCGCCUUGCCUUCUGGCUGGCCAACGGGUACCGGCUGCUGACGAACAUGAAGCAGUUUAGCGGCGAGCCGCAGUUUGCGUCGCCGGACGACAAGGACUCUGCAACGCUCAAGACGUUUGACCUUCAGGAGUACCGCAUUGUGCUGUCGGACCUGCUGGUGCAGAUUUACCACUUUGUGGUGAAGCACAUUGAGCACCAGCUUGCAGGGAUGAUUGUGCCGGGCAUGCUUGAGCACGAGUCACUGCCGACGAGCAACACGUCGAUGCCCUCGCGGCGGCGCGGGCGCUCGAAGGUUGAUUGCAAGGUGGAGGACAUUCUUCGCCUGCUGACGCGCGUGCACGGGCUGUUGACCGAGCACUGCGUUGAGCCGCGGUUGGUGCAGCAGGUGUUCCGCCAGCUCUUCUACAUCAUCAACGCCACCAUGUGCAACCACUUGCUGCUUCGGAAGGACCUUGUUCGCCUGACAAAGGGAAUGCAGGUGCGCUACAACAUCUCCAAGCUUGAGGACUGGGCGCGCGACCACAACCUGGAGCAGAUUUGCUCGAGCCUGGUGGAGGCGGUGCAGAUAACGCAGCUGCUGCAGUGCAACAAGUCCAAGCCGGAUGACAUUGACACCAUCUUCGAGACGUGCACGAAGCUCAAGCCGCUGCAGAUCCAGAAGGUGCUGCAGAUGUACACGCCCGAGGACUUUGAGGAGCGUGUGCCGGCUGCGCUGAUUCGGGCAGCACAGGCACGUGUGGACGCAGAGGCCGGCGGCGGCACCAAGCUGCUGUUGGACACAAGCUUCAUUCACCCUGUUACCUUCCCCUUUACGCCAUCCUCGCCUCGCUUUCCGACACUGGACAUUCCACCCACCAUCAAACUCGACUUUGUCACCAAGAUCUAA